CCCCUCUGCGUCAGUCGUUCGCGAAGUCUCGCAGGCGGUGGAUCGUGUCUCCGAAAGUCGGUCGCUGUUUUCAUGUGUUGUCGCCCUUUUUCUCCCUUACCUUCGUGAAAAAUUAUAAAACGACGAGAAAAACGGUGCGCCUCGGGGGCGCUGCCGUAAGUGUACAGUGCCGAAUUUCAGCACGGUGAUAGGCUAGCUCCCGGUUCUUCCCUACACGGUCAAUAAUGAGGGACAUGGCGGGCAAGAUCGCCGAGUUGAAGUUCGAGGCACCCCUCGCACGUUUCGAGGAAGAAGACACGGCCAGCUUGAAGAAUAUGAAUCUAUUGACAGAACAAUUAUUAGACAGCAGCCUGAACAGCAGCUACGGGGAGAAUUGCAACGCGAACGAGCCACCGACGACCCAUGAAAAUGGCACCGAUAUUCUACAGGAGGGGACGUUCAGCCCUUUCAGCGGCAGCCUCGAGGAUCUCGUUAACACCUUCGACGAAAAGAUAACAUCCUGUUUUCGCGAUUACGGCACCGACGUCGAGUCCCUGGCACCUGUGCAAGUGCGGACACAGGAGGAGAUCAUGAACGAGUGCCAAAUGUGGUGGACGAUUACUGGCACGUUUGGUAACAUAUUACCAAUAGAUUGGAGCAAGUCUUAUGCUAGGAAAAUGCACAUGCCUGCAUUAAAUUUGAACGAGGCGCCGGUCCCACACGAAAGACCUGAACUAGAGGAUUUAAGUAGCGAAGACGAGGCUGUUGCAACUGAUUUGGACAUGCAUGCUUUGAUCUUAUCCAGUAGCACUGAUACACACAGUCCAGAGGAACCUCUAAAAACUGCUGAGGAAGUUCUCCGUGAAAUAGAUGAUAUAAUGCAGGAAAGUCCUUCGAUGGAAAGAUCACCGGACUCUGAUGGAUCUUUGUUAGACAGCGAUGAAGCACUGGAAAGAAGCAGAGAAGUUUUAGGCUCACCACUUCAUGAGAAAAAAUUAAAGCAACUUACCUCCAGUCAACUGACUGAAUUGCUUGGAGAAAUGGAAUCCUUAGUGGGAGCUUUGAGCGAAACUCUAAUCGCAGAGCUUGCGUUACGUGACGAAUUAGAGUAUGAAAAAGAACUAAAAAAUCAGUUUAUUUCUUUGCUGUUAGCAGUGCAAAACCGACGAAGGCAGCAUCACGUUACAAAAAAGAGAAAUCAAAUGCAAAAUGGUACUAGCCCUUUACCACAACAUAGGUCCCUUCAAGAGUCUAAGUAUUUGACUACUGUAAUUCCGUAUCAUACAGACAGUGGUCCACCAGACAAUCAGGCUUUACAGGUCCUUAUAAAAAUAUUAAAAGCAAUUAGCGAAGAUAGCCCAACUGUACCUACUUUGUUAACAGAUUACAUACUCAAAGUUCUAUGUCCUACUUAGUGAGUAUAUCGUAAAUUUGACAAGGAGAUCGAUAAAAAUCAGAAAGAAAAAUAUUACUUAUUGGAGAAUACAGUUUGCUUUGUUCUUGCCAGUACGCUUUCAGCCGUUGUUGUGCCGCAUCUUCUUGCGUUAAGGCAAGUGAUUUUGCUUAUAAAUUAUGUCUCGGACUACACUCUGUAUCGAUUGUAGAUUUAUAAGUAGAGUCCAUGACAUACACAUCUAGUCUUAGUUUAUACAUUAUAACGUGUAUAUUAUUUUACAUAUGAUAUAUUUCUAAUUAUCUAUAUAUACGCUCCUUGAAAUACCUCUUGUCGUGUAUGAAUUAUACAAUCUUUCAUUUUUGUAUACAUCAUGAAUUUCGUGACAAUUCAGUUUUUUGUAAUUUUUUGUACAUAAAGAUUUUAUCGAAAUAUGUGAGCAAAUUUACUAUAUAUUACCGAAAAUACUUAUAUUUAUGUAGAAAAAUAUACCUGUUGUAGACUACUUCCUACCAAAAAGGAACAUAUAAAGCUUAUAAAUUUAGUAUGUAUUGUUGUAAUGCCAAUGUAUCUAGAGUUACCUAGUAACGUGUCGCGCAAAAUAAAAAUAUCUCGUUGCUCGUAUCACAUUCUUCGUAAAUGUAUACUUCACUUAAAAUCUCUUUAUCAACUAAGUACAUAAUAAGAUGGCAUUGAACACUUUGUGUAUAGCCAUGCAGUGAUUCUGAUGCAUUGUGCUCGUAUUAGAAACAUUGUUUGUUGUAAUAAAGAAAUAAAUUGAACAAUCUUA